CCUGAUGUGGGUUGUGGAUCAACUUCUUGUGCGAAGGAAGUGCGUCCUAUCCGAUAUCUCCACUCCGAUGGCGCUCGCAUCAUUGUUUCGGUUGAUACACCGGGGUACGAUGAUACAUUGAUGACAGAUUUCCAGGUUCUUGGGACAAUCGCACAGUGGUUGAAUGCGGUCUACAACAAAAACAUUAAGUUAAGCGUUAUCCUGUAUUUCCAUCGGAUUUCCGACCACAGAAUCAGUGCAUGUAUUAUCACUUCCUCUCCUCAUAGACCCGGUAGCCACUUCUUGUCAUGAUCCAGAGAUGUAAAAUAAAAGCAUCCAUGUGUUGCGUAUAC